AUGUCUAAUACUUCACUUGAGGGGAAACUGAAAGGUUUGCAAGAACGUUUUGAAAAUGAAUUGCGUAUUCGGAGAGAGGGUGCAAUGCACAACCAAGGUGGUAUUGGCGCUUCUAGAACUGGGGGCGCCCGAAGGCCUAGGCCCCCUCUCAUGUUUAGUGGUCGAGACAUACCUGCAUUCCCUCCGAGGUCACCCCAGGCCACUGACACUGAGCACAGGAUGCGAGAGGUGUAUAAGGUGAGCGGCAAGCUAAAUGUAGAAGGAGUGGAGUACAGAUCAAAUAUAGAUGAUCUUCAGCAGUUAGGAGAGCUUGGUAGUGGGACCUGUGGACAUGUUGUCAAAAUGUUUCACAAGCCUUCGGGAGCUGUUAUAGCUGUCAAGCAAAUGCGUCGAUCUGGCAACUCCGAAGAGACAAAACGGAUUCUCAUGGACUUGGAUGUGGUAGUGCGGUCACACGAUUGUCCGUACAUUGUGAGGUGUCUCGGCUGCUUCGUGACAGAUGCCGAUGUUUGGAUCUGUAUGGAGCUGAUGGCGUCCUGCUUUGAUAAGCUGCUUAAGAGACUCGGAGCUCCCAUACCAGAAGCCAUAUUGGGGAAAGUCACGGUUGCUACUGUAAACGCGCUAUCGUACCUGAAAGACAACCACGGUGUGAUCCAUCGUGAUGUUAAGCCGAGCAAUAUUCUAAUCGACGAGCGUGGUAAUGUCAAGUUGUGCGAUUUUGGUAUCAGCGGUCGACUCGUAGACUCUAAAGCAAAGACACGGAGUGCCGGGUGCGCUGCAUAUAUGGCUCCGGAGAGAAUAGACCCGCCAGAUCCAAGUAGGCCAGACUACGAUAUACGCGCAGAUGUCUGGUCUUUGGGCAUAUCUCUAGUUGAAUUGGCCACAGGAGUAUUCCCCUAUAGAGACUGUCAGAAUGAUUUUGAAGUUCUUACUAGGGUAAUCGCAGACGACCCACCACAACUCCCAGAAGACAGUGCCUUCACGCCUGAAUUCAAAUUAUUCGUGUCACAGUGCCUAACAAAGAACUACAGACAGCGUCCCAAGUACGCGAAGCUCCUAGAACAUCCGUUUGUGGUAAAAUCUGCGCGAAAUUCCAUAUCGGUUGGCGAUUGGUACUCGACGUUGCACAUUUGUGGGCAAGGGCCGAGCAAAGCCGGUUCCAGCCUGUCUGUCAAUAUGAACGGCGAUGGACCGGUCACCCCGCAGCCAGUUCGGAACUUCGUCACUGGAUCACAACACUGGAUGCCGGAGCAGGUCACACCUACACCUGCAAGAGCUUGGUGGGCCAACAAUGCAAGUCCUAGUGGCAGCAGUUCGCAACCAACUAGUUUAGAAGCUGAGCUGUCGAACCAUUCACCUUGUCCAAGGAGAAGAACAAUUGAAGCGUGCGCAUCUCCUCCCCCCGCACCGGUACGUCGAGUUUCAACGGAUAGUAGAUGGAGAGCCUCACCCACGAGCUCUGGCAACACUAGUCCUAUAGUUCUGCAGAGGUUCUACCACCAGAGUCAGCAGAGGCGUUCCAGAGUCGACUUGCACGCUACACCGAGACAUAGAAGUGUAAGUCGAGAACACAGCGCUGGGAGAUCACCAGAACCACCGCCGCGCAUGUCGCGACAUCCUAGGACACAAGCGAACGGUAGCAUGGAAUUAGAACCACCUCCACUACACGAUAGAUUGCACCCACCAUCGCCCUUACUUCUUAACGAUAGGUUAUCAGAAGGACGAAGUCAGAGUCUGACGCGAGCGGAAGUGCGCAAUGGCUUCCGCGCGGAAAUUCCUGCGCCCGCGCAUACGCAUAAACAUCACCACGACGACCAGGGUGAGUAUACGAACGAUACGUGA